AUGUUGUCUUCCAUCUUGACUCUCGCUCUUCUGAGCUCAACCACCCUUGCAAUUCAGCCAGAGAAACGCCAGGCGACAGACGGGGCACAAUUCACCUCCGCAGCAAGCCAGGUCAUUGAGCAGUACAUCCCCUCUUCAGUGCUCCCUGGUCUCGAAUCGGCGGUCAGCUCAGCAGCAGCCGCAGCCUCAGUUACAGGUGAUGCGAAAUCACUUCUGUAUGAAGCUAUCCUUGCUCAGAGCGCACCUGCCUGGUUAGCAUCCGCAAUCCCAACAGAGUAUUCAAGCCAAUUUGCUGCUCUCGAGGGAAGCAUCGAGGUCCUCCGUCCUACCGCUGCUUCUCCCGGUGGCGGUAUAAUCCCAGUUGUCGUUCCAGUCACUACAACGGAUUCUGAUGGAAAUACCAUUACUACAAGCUCGACUUCCUUCUCAACCACCGUUGUCACUGGAGCUGCUAGUGUAGCAAGCGAGAUCUCUAGCGGAGGAUCUAGUGUAGCUAGUCACAUCUCUACCGGCGUGACUGGUGUUGCAGGAACGAUUUCAAGUGGAGGAUCCAGUGUUGCCAGCCAUAUCUCGACUGGAGUCACUGGUGUCGCCGGAACAAUCUCUGCUGGUGGAAGCAGUGUUGCAAGCGAGGCAUCGACUGCAAUCACUAGUUUGAUUGGCGGAGCGUCCAGCGCUGUGGACCAGGCUAGCAGUCUUUUGAAUGGAGGCACCUCAUCGUCUACUGCUGGUGGAUCUGUCCCAACUGGUGUGUCUGGAGCAGCAGCUGGCGUUAUUGGAAUGCUUGGCAUGAUGAUUGUCUUGUAA